UAUCCUUUGCUAUUUAUUGUGCUUUAGUUGCAUAUCGCGCAAAGGUCUGACGCAGUUCAACUCCGUACGGCUGGGUUAUAAGGAGUGAUCACGGAUUAAAGAUACAAUAUGUCGAAAGAUGUCCCACGUGAGCCUGAGCAGCUCCGUAAGCUGUUCAUUGGGGGUUUGAGCUUCGAGACCACAGACGAAAGCCUGCGGGCUCAUUUUGAGCAAUGGGGGAGCCUUACAGACUGCGUAGUCAUGAGGGAUCCCAACAGCAAGAGAUCCAGGGGCUUUGGUUUUGUUACAUAUUCAUCAGUACAGGAGGUUGAUGCUGCCAUGUCUGCGCGCCCCCACAAGGUUGAUGGAAGAGUUGUUGAACCUAAACGAGCUGUUUCCAGGGAGGACUCGAACAGGCCAGGUGCCCACGUAACCGUGAAAAAAAUCUUUGUCGGAGGCAUCAAGGAAGAUUCGGAAGAGCUGCACCUGCGAGAUUACUUUCAGCAGUUUGGCAAAAUCGAGGUCAUUGACAUCAUGACAGAUCGCAAUACUGGAAAGAAGAGGGGCUUUGCUUUUGUGACCUUUGAUGACCACGAUUCAGUCGACAGGAUUGUCAUCCAGAAAUACCACACAAUCAACUCUCACAACUGUGAAGUGAGGAAGGCCCUCACAAGGCAGGAGAUGCAGACAGCAGGAAUGGGAAUGAGAGGGCGCAGCAACGGUGGAAGGCCCUAUGACUACGACAGAGGCUUCAAUCAGGGCGGCAGGGGCGGCAGGUAUGGAGAUGGUCCAUACAAUUGCAAUGGAGGUGAUGGCGGUUAUGGAGGUGGUCCAGGCGGUCCUGGUGGAUAUAAUAAUGGUGGCAACCGGGGAUAUAACCAAGGUUACAACCAGGGUGGAGGCGGGGGCUAUGGAGGAAACGGUUAUGACAGUAAUGGCUAUGGUGGCGGUGGUGGCGGCGGCAGCGGAAAUAGCUACAACAUGGGCCACUACGACCCCCAGGCAUCCAAUUUUGGCCCAAUGAAGAACAACUUUGGUGGCGGCGGUGGCAGGAACUUCGGUGGCUAUGGAAAUAACUCUAACAAUGGUGGAUAUGGUCGUGCAGGACGAUUCUGAAAUGUGAACUGGACUGAGUACUUAGCAGAGGAGAGCAAGGAGAGGAGAGCAAGCGAAAUGACAGGGCAGCUGCAGGUUUACCUCCUAAAUCUGCUCAGCCAAACAGUUGUGGCAGGUUACAGCUGCUGCAAGAAGAGAUGAACAGUAGAUAAAUCAUGGAGGGUCUUCAUUUAAACAUUUUGUGUUUUUUCAUCAUGUGUUUCUGGAAACAAGCAUUCCAAUGAGGUUUUAUGUAGAUUUUUCUUCUAAGUCUGAUUUUUAUUUGUAACUGCAUAAAAUCAAACUGAAAUAAACCAUCUUUCAGUUUUUUAAAAAAA